AUGUUGCGUAUAAAAAGCGAAGGCUGUCACUUUGUUAGGAGAAGAAGCCGGUUCACAACAAUCACCUGGACCCCAUCGAACUCCACAGUCGCCGUCUCCCGCCUUUACUCGUCCGCCGUCGAAGACUUCACCAAUACACCAAUUUACGGUCGCUUUGAGCCUUACAGACUGGCAAGGUCCAACCAGACUAAAACCAUCGAAGCCGACAUAUUCGUCGACGGUUCGCUCCUAGAGAUCUUUAUCAACGACCGCUUCGCUCUGACAACCAGGACCUACUCGUCUCGCACCGACGCUCUCGGAAUCACUCUCCUCUCCAAUGGUGGACGGACUAUCUUCGAGAAUAUUACUGUCUACAAUGACAUGCUAGAUGUGUGGCUGGAUCGGCCGAUGAACUCGAGCUCACCGCUUCAUUAUGACAGAUACUACGAGACUCACAUUACCUUCCCCAUACGUGCCUGA